AUGAAUUUUUACAUUUUUUAUAUUGCAAAUAAAGCAAUUUUCUUAUUAAAGAGAUUAAAAAGUAUUAAAUUUAAAUUAACAUUUACUUACUGUCCUAAAAUGCUUUAUGAUUGGGAUGGUGCAACUCCUUGCAAAUUCCAAGGAGGAAAAAAAAUUACCGGGCCAAUUUCUCUUCCAGAAGUCAAAAUUAAAGGUUUAAUAGAAGAAACAAGCCAAGGAAUCGAAAGAUUGAAAGGCAGAAGACAUUUUGAUAUAGCUGAAUGCACUAAUGUGUUAGAAUGGAAGCCUUGUUUUAAAAAAGUUAACGGAAAUUUCAUUAAUACUUGACAAAAGAAAAACGAAUUUGAUAUAAAACCUUCAAAGCCAAAGCCUGAUAAAAAGCAUAUAAGGUUUUUCCCUUUUUAUGAUAAACUUCAGCAUGAAGCUACCUUUAAUAGUAAAUCUACUUCUAUAAGAAAUGACAGAAAAGACUUCCCAAACAAUGAGGACGAUAUAUAUGAAAAAAUUAUAGGGAAAAACAAACUGUUCCCUGAAGUCGAUAAUAAAGCAUACAGGUUUUCAAUUGGAGCAGUAAAUGAGAAAUCAAGGAGAAUUAAUACAAAUUUUCAUAAUAUUGGAGGUCUAGUUGUUGGAAGCACAAUGACAAAUAAAAGCAAAAGCAUAACGCCAAGCUCUGUUCAGUCAACUAGUCCAUUUAGAACAAAAUGGAAUGAUAAGGUCAAAAUUAUGAAAGCAGAAGAAGAAAACCGAGCUGUAAGCUCUCUUAUUGAAUGAGAAAAAACGACCUUAAAAGAGCUAAGCCCUAAAUACAUAGACCCUGACAUCUCAGACGACGACUAA